AUUCAAACAGAAAUUUCUUUCAUGGUUUUAUUCUUGUGUAUAUCCUAAUUUUCAGUUUUGACUUUCUUUUCUAAAUGUUUGAAAAGCACCAGGUUAACCUGAUUGGACCAGUUUGGUUUCCAUCUAGCUUUGUGUGCAAACAGCCAUCGCCAGCUGUUUAUCAUUUUUAAGUGCUCUACUGCAUUUUUUUUCCCCUCCUUUUCAGAAAAGUUUCAAACAGCGACUGUGCGUGGGCCCCAUCAGCUCUCAUUUCUUUUAUUCUUUCAGUGAGACUCUGGUUAACGCGCAGUGAAGAAGAGCAACUCUCUGAGGAUGUAUUACUAUUUGAAAUGCAGAUGCUCAUUGGUAUUCUCCUCUAUCUGUUUUUUUUUUUUUUUUACAGCCUCUAAUCUAAAAUGACUCCAGUUGUAGAAAUGAGCUCCCUGGGCAUGCAUGCUGAUAAUUUGCUGACAAAAAAAAAGAAAAAGAAAUAAUAAAAUAAACACCUCAGCAGAGUAGCAUUUGAAGUAAAGGCAAAUUGUCCCCCCCCACCCCCCACCCCCAACUCUCCACUGCCACCCCAAACCUCAAACUUGGGGCUUAUUUAUCCCGCCGAACGCAGCUUCAUUUCCAUAUAAAUGUAUGUGACCUAUAGGAGGCUUGUUUGUUGCUCAGAUUCAAGGAGAGAAAGCAAACAAAAAUCUCAUUUCUUAGAAGGAUUCUCCGUGGCGGAGUGAGCGGGCGGCCAUUACGGUGCCUUGUUAGGUAUUCCUUGCUCGUCUCAAUAUCAGAUUUCGCAGGCUGCUGUCUCAGAUAAUGGUGUGUGUGAAUAUGUGUGUGUGUGUGUGUGUGUGUGUGUGUGUGCGUGUGUGUGUGUGUGUGUUCCUGCCAAGGCUUUCAUAUUAUUGACUUGUGACAGCCGUCAUUGUCUUUCUACUUUACUCCCUCAGGUGCCACCGUGGAGCUUUUUCAUGACAGAAAGCCAAAACAGCUCAUUUUCUCCAGCAGAUGGAGGACACUCUGUUGGUUUGAAUGGAACCUGAGUGACGAAUGAAUGAAUGAUAAGGUUGUUUUUUUACUUUUAGGACUGCGUGUCUAAAGGUUCGAUUUUUUUCUGCAUAUAGUAAAUAGCUACCGUACCGUGAAAUGCAGAUUUCUUCUGUUUUGCUGAACAACCAGCUCUCUCUGGUGUUCUCUCCCAUCUUUUGCUGUCGCCAUUUUGCGGACUGACGUAACGCAGCAUUUUACCUGGUGCCUCCAAUCAACUCAAAUCAGAAGUUUCCAGUCCUGACGUCAUCAUCUGGGCUUUCCUUCAUUGUUUAAAGAGGUGGCAAUCACUCUCAGUCACAGCUGUGGUCAUGAGGCUGCUGUGGAAGUCCGUGGACAAGAUGAGGUGUUUGAGAAAACGAUCCACACUCCCCGUCCUCACCUUCCUGCUCACCGCGCUGCUCUUUUUCAACCUUUACAUGAAUGAUGGUUACGUCCUGGAAGGUGAAAAGAGGCAGCUGGGAGAGACUUUGAUUCAUCCUUCAAGCUCUGACAGAUAUGUGCACACAUUCAAAGAUUUGUCCAAUUUCUCUGGGAGCAUCAAUGUGACGUAUCGCUACCUUGCCGGGAUUCCACUGUCAAGAAAAAAGUAUCUUACCAUCGGGUUGGCAUCUGUCAAGAGAAAAAAGGGAAGCUACCUCCUGGAGACAAUUAAAUCCAUCUUUGACCAGUCCAGCUAUGAGGAGCUGAAAGAGAUUGUGGUUGUGGUCCACCUGGCGGAUUUUGACCUGGUCUGGUGUGAGAACGUGGUGCAAGAGAUCACCAGGAAGUUCGCUCACCACAUCAUAGCUGGCCGCCUCCUGGUCAUCCAGGCCCCAGAGGAGUUCUACCCUUCUCUGGACGGCUUGAAGAGGAACUACAACGACCCGGAGGACAGAGUCCGUUUCCGCUCCAAGCAGAACGUCGACUACGCUUUCCUCCUGAACUUCUGCACGAACCUGUCACACUUCUACAUGAUGCUGGAGGACGACGUGCGCUGCUCCCGGAACUUCCUGACGGCGCUGAAGAAGGUGAUAACCUCCAGAGAAGGCUCCUACUGGGUGAUGAUGGAGUUCUCCAAGCUGGGCUACAUCGGGAAGCUGUACCACUCCAGAGACCUGCCCCGCCUGGCUCACUUCCUCCUCAUGUUCUACCAGGAAAUGCCUUGCGACUGGCUCCUCAUCCACUUCCGGGGCCUGCUGGCUCAAAAGGACGUGAUCCGAUUCAAGCCCUCGCUGUUCCAGCACAUGGGCUACUACUCGUCCUACAAAGGCGUGGAGAACAAACUGAAGGAUGACGACUUCGAGGAAGACUCCAUAGACAUCCCGGACAACCCCCCGGCCGGCAUUUACACCAAUAUCAACGUCUUUGAGAACUACGACGCCACCAAGGCGUACAGCAGUAUAGUUGAUGAGUAUUUCUGGGGGAAACCUCCCUGCACCGGAGACUUUUUCAUCAUAAUCUUCAACAAAUCAACAAAAAUUAGCAGAAUCAAAAUAGUGACAGGGACGGAGGAUCGGCAAAACGACAUCCUUCACCACGGAGCUCUGGAAGUAGGCCAGAAGUCUGUGGAGACCAAACAGGGAAGACAGUGUACAUCCUACAUCACAUUAGGAGAGUUUAAAGUGGGCAACAUUGAGAUUAAUGAUGUGGACCACAAGAUUGGCUUUGACAUUGAGUGUGUCAGAAUAGUUGUCACGGCUAGUCAGAAAGAAUGGCUCAUCAUCAGAACUAUCAGCCUCUGGACCACACCGCCUGUCGGUCAGUUAAUGUAGGGAUGUUGAGGUCUUUCUGUACUUUUUAGUUUGAUACAACAAGUUCAUUUUGGACUUUUACAGUGCUGUAAAUUUAAACCGAUCCAUAUUUUCAUGGGUUGCUUAAAGAUUUGUAUAUUUUCAUUGUGAAGCAUCAACAACAGAACUGCUGUGUACAUAAGGGCAUUUGUAAUACAAUGUUCAUUUUCUGAGGAUCUAUUUAUAAAAGAAUAUUUACACAUUGCUG